UGGUGCAUUAGGUCCACUGAAAAAUAUUGAUCUCUGCAACACACCUCUUAACAUAUAGUGUUCAUUGCCGACUAACCUUACCCAGCUGCCUAAUUGAAGCGAGAGAUAGAUGGCCUCCAUCACUGCCACCACCGCCACUGCAUCAAUAGCAGCUCUUCCACUCAAGAGAUCCACACCCACAUCAUCCUCACCUGUUCUUGGGUUGCCAUCAAUUGGAAGCAAUGGGAGAGUGAGAUGUUCAAUGGAGGAGAAGAAACCUUGUACCGUGGAGUCAAAGAUUGGGAUGAGUGGAUCUUUGCUUGCUGCUGCGGCUCAUGGUGCAAUCAUGUCAAACCCUGCCAUGGCUUUGGUGGAUGAGAGGUUGAGCACUGAAGGAACUGGACUUCCUUUUGGUUUGAGCAACAACCUUCUUGGGUGGAUCCUCUUUGGGGUGUUUGGACUCAUUUGGACUUUCUACACUGUUUACACUUCCUCUCUUGAGGAGGAUGAGGAUUCUGGAUUGUCUCUUUAAUUCAACAAAAUCUGUCUUCUUGUUGAUGGUGUUAAUUCUUUAUGUUUUAAAGGAAUGUAACAUAUGCUUUGGAUUC